AUGUCGGGGCCGGACUUGAAAAAAUGGGCCAACCCUUCGCCCACAACAACUGGGUCCCGGGCCCGGGAGGAGGCACCGGGAAGUGGGGAGCCCUCGCGGAGGUCAUUCCUUGAGUUCGGGACGCUGGAGUUUCUCUCUCCAGCUCAACACAGCCACUUAAACAUGACCUUCCUUCAAGAACUGCCCAGCUACAGGUCCAUUGUUCGGAGGAGGGCCUCCAUCCUUGGGAGGGAUAAAACUCGAGGCAGUUUGCUGAAGCCAGCCAGCUCUGACCACAAGGCCCAUUUGGAAAUAGGAAAAUUGGAGAAAGAACAUGUUGGGAGUCAAUCCAUCAGGAAAUAUGCAUUGGAUAUCUCUGAGAAGAGGAGAUUGAGGGAAAUCCAGGAGGCCCAGAUCAAAUAUUUAUCUGAUUGGGACCAGUGGAAACAGUACAGCACCAAGUCAUGGAAAAAAUUUAUUGAAGAGACCAAAGAGUUGGCUUCCCAUUUGGAACUGUGGAGAAAUGACCUCCGAAGCAUAGAGGGGAAAUUUGGCACAGGGAUUCAGGCCUAUUUUGCCUUCCUUCGGUUCCUGGUGAUCUUGAACUUGGUGAUAUUUAUUAUCAUUUUUUUGUUUAUUUUGUUACCAAUCAUCCUUACCAAGUACAAGAUUACUGACAGCACCUUCCUGAUUAUCCCUUCCAGCGAAAUAGAUAUUCGAUGCAAAGUGUACACAAUGAAUAGCACUGGACUCAUUUACUUCUAUACUUACAUGAUAGAUUUGCUUUCGGGUACUGGUUUUUUGGAAUGGACCAGCUUGUUUUAUGGCCAUUAUACUGUAGAUGGGAUAAAAUUCAAAACCUUCACAUAUGAUUUGCCUCUUGCCUAUUUGCUGAGCACAAUUGCUUAUAUGUCAUUGAGUCUCCUCUGGAUUGUGAAAAGGUCUGUGGAAGGAUUCAAACAAAACUUGGUCCGAAGUGAAGAACAGUAUCAGAGCUACUGUAAUAAAAUCUUUGCUGGCUGGGAUUUCUGUAUCACAGACCAGACAACUGCCCGGCUCAAGCAUAGCAGUAUAUUGUAUGAGCUUAAAACAGACUUGGAGGAAGAAAGAAUAAGGCAAAAAAUAGCUGAGAGGACUCCAGAGGAAACCUUAAGGAUUUAUUCUCUCAGGCUGCUUUUGAAUACUGUGGUUGUAGCUUUCCUGGCAUCCUGCUUUUAUUCAAUUUAUGUAGCAACUGUAUUUUCCCAAGAACACAUGAAAAAAGAGAUUAACAAAAUGGUCUUUGGAGAGAAUCUUCUCAUCCUUUAUCUUCCCUCCAUUGUGAUUACAAUGGCCAACUUUAUCACCCCCAUCAUCUUCUCCAGGAUCAUUCACUAUGAAGAUUAUUCACCAGCCUUUGAGAUCAGAUUAACUCUUCUUAGGUGUGUCUUCAUGCGAUUGGCUACCAUUUGUGUGCUUGUGCUUACCUUGGGGUCCAAAAUAACCUAUUGUGACAAUGAGGAUUGCCGAAUCUGUGGCUAUAACCACAAACUCUAUCCGUGCUGGGAAAAUCAAGUUGGACAGGAAAUGUAUAAGCUGAUGAUCUUUGAUCUGAUCAUCAAUCUUGCCGUGACUAUAUUCAUUGAAUUUCCUAGAAAGUUAUUGGUGACCCAUUGUUCUAAUUGGAAGUUGAUUCGGUGUUGGGGACAACAAGAAUUUGCCAUUCCUGAUAAUGUCCUGGGCAUCGUUUAUGGGCAGACCAUCUGCUGGAUUGGAUCUUUUUUCUCUCCUCUUCUCCCUGCAAUUGCAACUGUGAAAUUCAUUAUCAUCUUUUAUGUGAAAGAGAUCAGCCUGAUGUAUACCUGUAGACCCUCCACCAGGCCUUUCAGAGCAUCCAAUUCUAAUUUUUUCUUCUUGUUGGUGCUGUUAAUUGGACUGUCAUUGGCUUUCAUCCCACUGGGAAUCAGCAUGACACAGGAAUUCUCCACCUUUUCCCAGAGUAGCCCUCCCCUGGACAUUUUGGAGCUUGCUAGGCAGAAAACCCCAGAAAAGGGGGUGGAGAAGAGGAGGGUACAAAUUCAGGAAGAGGAAAGUCGAGACAAACACUAUCUAGUUCGGAGACUUACAGAGCUUCAGGAAGAGACAAGAAACAGACCAAGCUGA